GAGAGAGACGCCAUGUUAAUUUGUCAACGGACGUCAAGGUGUUCUCGUGAGUCCCGUGUGCGGAAGGAGCGCCGCUUGCCGCUGGACAGUGGCCAGGAGGGGACUCGGACCGAGGCCGGCCGGUCCCCGAGACAGGAGAGUAGAGGCGCCUUGGUUUUCUCUCGUCACGUAGACGUCACGCCAUGGAGAUCGGCCCCGCUUCCAGCGAGUCGCGGAAGCGCAAACGCGAGGAAUACGAGAUGCAGCUGUUCGGCUUCCAUUCCCGAGCCGUUUACGCGACUCUCAGAACUAUUGUGAUGGAGAGGAUACAGUCUAGGAGCAGAAAAUUGUGUGAAACAUUGGAAAAGUUACAUAAUUCAGACUCUGAUAAUCUGGGAUUAUUAAAGAUGAAUGAAGAGACACUUGUAAAAGCUUAUUAUACAGCCUCUGUACCUCAUUUGAAAAACAUAGAGAAUAUUGUGAGCAAGUUCAUUGCUGUACCUGACAACGUUCUGGCGGAUGAAGAUAAACUACAAAGAAUGCAAUACACGGAAGCCGAAUUUGAGAAUAUGCGUGGGAAAUUGGAGGAACUUCAGCAGAAAGCAAAACGCACAACCGUGUUGAACGCGGCAUUGAAAGAGGAAUUGCAGCUCAUAGAACAAUUUUCGAUCUGUGCGGACAAUACCGAUAGGCUGAGUCAUAUAAUUGAAAGCGAUGUCGAAUGCCCGGAUAUCAGUGACAAAAUUCAUCAAUUGGUCGAGGAUUAUAAACGAUUCAGCGCAUUCCUCGAUGAUGGAAUAUCUGUAACGCAAAAGUCGCUUUACAAUACAGUUGAUGAUCUCAAAUGUAUAGAUUGCGAUAUGGAUGCAGUAUAAUGUAUAAAAAAGAAAAAGAAAUUAUUUUUGUGACUUAUCUUUGGAUGCUUAGUUGCUGAUACUGUCUUCUUGAAAUUAUUGUGUAAAUAUAUAAAUUUUAUUCUGCAGAUAUUUUUAUACACGUUAUACAAAUUGUAUAUAAUUUAAGAUUUUUAUAAAAAUAUAUUUCUAACUUUAAAUAACUUA